ACAUUUCAAAAUCGUCUAGUUUAAGUACAUAUUGUCAAUCAUAUCAGGGAAUUGGCAAUCUAAAGAAAGGUCUACCUCAUGCAGUCGCAUGUGGAACGUAAAUGUUGCCCCAGUAUUUCUCUAAGUGUGCAGUAUUUUUUUCAACCAGUGCUGGAUAACGAGUGCCAACCCUCAGACGACGACGGUUUUUAUCAGCUGUGCCUCAUUUGCCUGCCAAAAUAGAAUAAGAACGACAAAACGUAACGAGCGCAGCAGCGAACUCCGAAAAAGAAAGUAAACAUUCGUCAGCAAAAAAUACAAACAACAUAUGCAAUGGCCAAAAGCAGCAAAAGGCAACAGCAACAACAACUAAAUUGAGCACGGCGACAGGUAAACAAACAACAACUGCAACGGAACGGAACGAGAUGACGUCGACGGAGACUGGCAACUGCCAGUUGCAGCUGCAGCUGUGCGUGCGUGGGAAUGUGCCAUGGCAGGAGCUGCCGGUGCAUCUGCGCUCGGUGCUGCACAACAAUCAGCGCGACUACGAGAAGUACGUCUUCAACUAUAGCCUGAAGAAUCAGCUGCGCUUCCGCGGCAAUCUGGCAUCGAAGGUGUUCCGCCAGGAGCAGCGCUACUAUGAGCUGCUCGUCCAGAAGAACAUCAACAGCCUGGGCGUCUUUCCCUACCAUCUGGCGGACAUUGUCACCAAGGGAUUGCGCGUUACGCCCUUUAACUAUUAUCUGGACGUGCUCAGCCAGCUGCUGCGCAACGACAAGAGCUACGAUACGCUGCCCAAUUUUACGGCAGCGGAUUGCCUGCGUGUCCUCGGCAUUGGACGCAACGAAUAUCUGGCGCUGAUUAGCGAACUGAAGACCCAUACGCCGCGAACGCUGCUGUUCAGUGCCAAACCCAAUCCGUUGGACUUUUUGCCGCGCCUGCCGGUGCAUGUGCACAUCGAGCCCUGGUGGCGUCUGGACAUUGGCUAUGUGCUGGAGACGGAUAUACGUAUGGUGACGCCCGCAGAGCGCAGCCUGCUGGACGAUCUCAUUGACUUUGGCGCCCAGCCAACGGGCAAAUGUGACUAUCAGGUGGUGCAGAGCCUCUAUCGCAAGGGUCUCAUCUAUUUGGAUGUGCCCAUUAGCGGCGAGGAUCGAAUUUGUAUACCGCCGUUGCGUAACUUUGUCAUGAAUCGCGUCAGUGGCGAUUAUUUCGAGAAUUUGCUGUACAAGAUCUUCGUGAGUGCCGAUGAGCACAUGAGCAUUGCGGAACUGGCGCAAAUGCUGCAACUGGAGCUGGAUGGCGUCAAGCAGGCGGUCAGCUUUAUAUGCCGCCUCGGCUUUGCCCAGCGCAAGCAUACGGAGCACGAGUCUCAACAGUAUCACGCUAGCUGGGCAACCUACAAUGAGCAGCAGCUGCCGCAAACGCCGCAGAUUACGCCGCUCAACUACAAUGUGUAUGCCAGCAGCAGCUUUGACUUUGAGCAGCCGCAGUCAAGUCCCAAGACGCCAAAGCAGGAGAAAGACAAGGACAAGGACAAGGAUAGCAGCUCCAUUGGCUAUCUGUCUUCGGAUGGCAAUACCAGCGACUUUAGCUUUGCCAAUAUGGUGACGCCUCCAGCAGCCGCACACAACGGCAACAACAGCGAUGAGCAGGAGCUUAGCUCCGAACUGGAGGAUGUUAGCGAGCGCACGACCACCACAAAGGCAACAUCUGCCGCAUCCGCAGCCGCAGUCGCAGCCGCCAAGAGUGGCAAGCGUGUCGGCUUUUUAUUUGACUCAACACUUACAGCAUUCCUGAUGAUGGGCAAUCUGUCGCCGGGCCUGAAGAAUCAUGCCGUCACCAUGUUCGAGGUGGGCAAACUAUGCGAGGAGAGUCUCGACAGCUUUCUGGCCGAACUGGAGCAGGUCUCGCUGCUGGAUGCCGAGGGCGAGGGCGAUGUCUCUCGCUAUUUUGCGCACGCAGUAAUAUUGCGCUCCACCAUCUGUUCGCUGCGUCCGUUGCUGCCCGGCGGACUCGAUCUGCUGCGACUGGAGUGCCUGGAGGGGCUCGACUGGCAGACGCGCGACCGUGUGCUCGAUAAGAAGUACAAGUUCAUCGUCUCGGCAACGCCACUGACGGCCACAUUGAGUCACAUGUUCAGCAUUCCGUUCUUUGGCCAGUUUGUGCGCAGCUCCGAUGCGUUGCCGAUGUGGAGCAAGCUAUUCUACAACCAUAUCACGGGCUAUGGGCCGCCCAGCUUGCUGUUGUGCCGCGGCACUGUGCUCAAGUCGCUGCCACGUCUCUUUUUGGGCUAUGGCAAGCUGCUGGUGAACAUACUCCAUUCGGACGCAUAUGUGCUCAACACGGAGAACUUUCGCAACCUGAACGAGCAGCUCAAGAACGGAUGCGUCCUGCUGCAGGGCUAUGGCAUAAGCACCGCUGGCCAGCUGCACUAUGAAUCAUUUCCAUUCCAGGUCUCGGAUGCCGGCCAGGCCAAAUGGAGCACGCAUCGUGCUGUGCAAAAGCUGGCCACACAUUUGGAUCUGCGCCAGCAAUGUGGCUACAUAACAUUCCUGAAUACGGGCGUGCCCGAUUUGGGCUGCGACGAGUAUGAGCUGCAGGUAAAGCUGAAGCUGCCGCAGCGCAAACGCCCGUCGCUGCCCGCCGCCACCAAGUCAAAUGUGCCAAACGAUCAGCUGACCAGCUUUCAGCUGAAGAGUCCCGACGAGAAUCAUUUUGCAACAACGCCGGAGCACGGUCCAGCAAACGACUACACCUCGGCGGACUGCAACCAGCUGCUGGCCAGCGAGCUGGCCAAAUGCAGCGACAGCAGUCGCGCCGAGCUGCUCUCCCAGAGCUCCGUGGAGCUGCCCAUUGGCGAUGCGUUUGCAGAGCCGGAGCCCAGCACCGAGGAGUGGACGCUGCUGGAUGUUAACUUUGGUGUGCCGCUCUUCGAUGUGGACACAAAUACGCGCAUCUGCGAGCAACUGGUGCGCCAGCUCAGCAGCGAUGCCAAUCUGCAGGCGCUGCCCGCUUGCGCGCAGCAGGCCCAGCAGCUAUUCCUCGAGUUUGUGUGUCAGUGCCUGUACUUUGAGGAUGAUCCGUCGACGCCGGCCCAGCUGCACGAGCCACUGCAAGCGGCCAGAGCCUUACCGCAUCCGCGCAUCAAUCUGGCCUUUGAGAAUGGACGCGUCGGCUACUGGAACGGUCGUUAAAGGGCGCCUCACUUAAGUUUCAUGCAUUCCAGCUGCCCCACGCCAGGCCCAGUACAGUUUACAAGUAUUUUUUGUAUGUCUCCCGCCCCCCGCCUCUCCUCGCUCCCACCCUACCCCAACCCAACAUAAAUUUUUAUCAGUUUUGCCUUUUGUACAGCUCCGAGCUUUAUAGAUAUUUAUAUAGAAAUACCUUAUCGGCCCGCCAACCCAUAUAUUCCGUUUCUUAUUAGUUCUGUAAGUUCGGCAAAGUGGCAAUAUCCAAUCGGAGGCAAAAAAAAAAAAA